AAGCUUCUUUUAAGUAGCAUUGCAUCAUCAACAUGACGUAUCGAAACUGUGUUUUACCGUGACACGCAUGGUAAAUUAUUAGCAACAAAAGUCUCAAUUGUAAAGCUUUUAUAGUGAUACGAAAUCAGGAAUUUAGAGUAUUUGUAUGGAAUAUAAAAAGUAAGUAACAUUUCACAUGUACGUAACGCGACAUCUUUCGUCAUAUGAAUUUGCCUUAGAAUGGCACCCAAAAAUAAAGAAAAUAAUACAUCUGGAAAUAAGAAGAAAAGACAAAUUUCUGAAGAAGAAGAUGAUGAAGAUUAUCGACGGCGUAGAGACAGAAAUAAUCAAGCUGUAAAGCGUUCUAGAGUUAAAAGUAAAUUACGUACACAACAAACAUUAGAACGUGUAAAUCAGUUAAAAACAGAGAAUGAAUUACUUGAGGAAAAAAUUAAGAUGCUUACAAAAGAAUUAGGAUUUUUGAAAGACCUUUUCCUUGCACAUGCAGGUUCUAGCCAACAUUCUGUAAGUUUUCAAGAUGUAGACUUAAAUGCUCUUUUGGCUGAAGACACAAAACCCGUGGAACAAAUGAAAGAGACAUCCAAGCCAUAGGCCAGAAUAAAUUCCACGUGAAACAAGUAACGUGGUAUUGAUCAGAUCUGAGAUGAAGAUGCACUUUGGUUCGUCUAUUUCUAAUAAAAUGUCAGACUUCUUGGAAAGAUGUCUGUCUAUAAUCGACUUUUAAUGAAUUUGAAAUGCAUGAUAUCUUAGUGUAUGCAGGUCUUUGCAUGUGAAAUUCAUUAUUAUUGGAAUCUCAAACACUAAAUAAGAAGCAAUAAAAUUUAAAGACUAAAAA